AUGGACACAACAAAAAGACAACAGGCAACCAAGGAAGAUAGCAAACGGAAUAGAUUUAAAGAACACAUCUGCACAUUUCCUGGAUGCACCGAAAACCCAAAGACCAAGUAUAACGUCAUCUCACAUAUCUGGGAUGUCCACUUGCGACACACUGUUCACACAACCGACGAGAAUUUGCCUUUCAAGUCUAUCAAGGACAAAAAGAAAAUUGAAGAGUUGUGCAAACCAUACAUUGGCUUCGUUGAGUCUUCCGACAGAAAAAGACGGCCUUACGACUUUGCAGAUAUGAAAAAGGACGACGCGUCAUUUGUCCAAAACAACACAAGCGUCAACAUUUACAGCGAUCAAAUGCAAGACACUUUCCAGUCAUUUUUACCACAAGACCAAUAUGCUUUUACUGAACAAUUGGGAUCACCAAGCCACGUUUUAAACACUUCCUCUGUCUCUGGUGAUACGAACGCUAUUGCGGUUCAACAACACUCAUUACCGACUUCUCCACAAACAAUUCCAGUUCAACUCAAUAUCGAGUCGACACCUUUUAGCGAUAAGUUGAUUGCAAACAACGAGAAUAUCAUGACUGUGUAUAACAUCAACGAGCAAGUGAAGCGUCUCCACGUCUUUGGAGAGGUCUUUGCUGAGAAUGGAUUUCUUCAACGAUCGGAUAGACGAUUUAAAACAAAUAUCAAACCAAUUAGGAAUGCACUACAAACCAUUGACAAGUUGUUUGGCGUUUCUUUCAAUUAUUUGAAUGACAAGAAAUCAACACAUUUUGGGUUCAUUGCUCAAGAAGUGAGAGAAGUCAUUCCAGAAGCAGUCAUCGAGACGGAAGAUGGCACUCUCUCCAUUGAACCACUGGCAUUCAUUCCUUUUGUCAUUGAGUCAAUCAAAAUACUCAAACGCGAGUUAAACAAUAUUCAAACGCAGACUACUGAAGUGGUGGUUCUUAGCAAAACAGUGACGAAGUUGUCUACAAGUUUAGUCGAGCUUGACAAAGGUAUGAAAGAGGCUGAUAAGUACUCUCUCGGCCCUUUUUGGUAUACCUUUGGUCUUGCUGUGAUGUGUGGAGUACUCUCCAUACCUGUCGCGAUACAUGGAAACUUCCCCUACAUCUUUUUCUAUCUACUUAUUAUCGGAAUACUCCAUGGAGUGUCUGCUAAAGAAUUCCCAUGUGGUACUUGGAACGACUUUUCGAUGAAGUCUUCCAUAGUGUUACUUGGUCUUGGACUGAUCUGUUUGGUAUUAACGUUCCUCGAAGGGUCGUUCCAACAAAUUUUCUUGUUGGUCUUUUCUGUUGUGACGGUCUCCCUCUUGUUUUUCUUACGUUCAACACAGACACUUGCGUCUGCUUUUUCUGUUGUCUUUCCUAUUUUCUGUGUCUUAAGUGUUGGUCUUCUCCAAUAUCAGAACUCCGUCCUAUCGCACAACACAAACGUCUUAAACAUCGAGCAACUCGCUUACCAAAUUCAACAAUAUGUCCAACCAAAGUUGCUCUUACCCGAGCAAAGUUCGGACGAUUCGUCCUCGUCUUCCUCAUCUGGGUUUUACCUCUCAUCGGAAGAAACAAUCAACGACGAGACUUUAGGAAUAUGUGAGGAUCCAGACAAAGCCGACCCAAUCCCUGAAUGGCUUCAAAAAUGUCAAAUUGAUGACCGACUUGGCAAAUUAGAGAUCCCAAAGACUGUAGAAACAAAGAGUGAGUUAUAG